CAGCUGCUCCCUGAGCACUUUCUGACCCAACAGUCCCCCGGCGCCGGACGCGCCGCGCCCCGGCGGCCCUAGGGACCCCCCCGCGCCUGCACCGUCCCCGCGCGGACGAGUAGGGGGCGCCCGCGCCUCUGCCCCCCGUGCGCACCCCCGCCCCGCUCACCUUAGCCCCGCGCCCGAGGGCGUGGACACCCCUUGACUGCAGGUCGCUGGAGCUGACGUGCUGCUGGGCCCAGGCCUCCAUGGCGACCGGGAGAACUAAGGCUGUGCCGCCUCGCCCUUGAGUCCCAGCGCCCGGCGGAGGCAGGCCGGGGGGUGUCUCCUUCGGCCUCUCGGGAGACCCCCGCGGAGGUCUGUCCUGCGGAGCUCCGUGGACGCGGCUCCCUGGGGCCCCACCCGACCCGCCCCACCCCGACCGUCGCUCCUGCCUCCUGAGCCCCGAGCCCCCACCAUGCCCACCCAGUCCCUGCUGGUGUACCUGGACGGGCCCGAGGUGCUGGGCGCCGAGACGGAGGACGCCGUGUCCAUCAAGGGGCCGCCGCUGGCGCCCUUCCGCGCGGGGCCGGAGCGGCCCGAGGCGCAGCUGCCCCUGGACUGCAUGUUCUGCAGCCAGAGCUUCGCGCACGCUGAUGGGCUCAACCAGCACGUGCUGCUGCAGCACCGGCCCACGGUGUGCGAGCCCGCCGUGCUGCGCGUCGAGGCCCAGUACCUCAGUCCCCUGGACCGGCGGCCCGCGCGGCCCGGCGCCCCCGAGCCCGAGGGGCCCAGCUGCGAGGUGUGCGGCCAGGCCUUCUGCGCGGCGCUGGACGUGGAGACGCACAUGAAGCAGCACAAGGACUCCUUCACCUACGGCUGCCACGUGUGCGGCCGGCGCUUCAAGGAGCCCUGGUUCCUCAAGAACCACAUGCGCACGCACACGGGCAAGGCGGGCGCCCGCGGGCGGCUGCAGGCGGGCCUGGACAGCCCGGCCACCAUCAACGAGGUGGUCCAGGAGCCCGCGGCUGCCGCCGCUGCCCCCGCCACGUCCCCCUACAAGAUCUGCAUGGUCUGCGGCUUCCUCUUCCCCGGCAAGGAGAGCCUCAUGGAGCACCGCAAGAUGCACACCAAAGAGGGGCCCGCGGCCCCCGCCUCUGGCCCCGGCCCCGCCUCCGCCUCUGGCCCCGCCUCCAGCCCUGCCUCCCCCCACCGGCCCCAGGACCCGCCCGCCCCCGAGUUCCUGCAGUUCCUCAGCCUGCGGCCGCAGCCGGCCCCCGAGCCCGGCCGGCCGCCCGCCCGCUGGAUCCCGCAGCUGGACCCCUUCACCACCUACCAGGCCUGGCAGCUGGCCACCAAGGGCAAGGUGGCCGUGUGCCGGGAGGUGAAGGAGCAGCCCGGCCAGGAGGGCAGCACGGACAACGACGACUCGUGCUCGGAGAAGGAGGAGCUGGGGGAGAUCUGGGCCGCCGGCCGGGGCCCCGACGCCAAGGCCAAGGGCGGGCGCGGCACCGCUGCCAACGCCGCCAACGCCGGCCCCGGGCUGGCCGAGAAGGAGAAGGGCCGCGGCGAGGGCCCCGAGCCCGACGCCAGGCUGCCGGGCGGCAAGGAGAAGCCCACGCACUGCGCCGAGUGCGGCAAGGCCUUCCGCACCUACCACCAGCUGGUGCUGCACUCGCGCGUGCACAAGAAGGAGCGGCGGCCCGACGCCGACUCCCCCACCCCGGCCGCCGACGGCCGGCAGCGCCGCACCGGCUCGCCCGAGCUGCCCGCCGCGCUGGACGAGGCCGGUCUGGACCGGGAGGGCGGCUCCGAGGACGGCUCCGAGGACGGGCUUCCUGAGGGGCUCCACCUGGAUAAAAAUGAUGAUGGAGGGAAAAUAAAGCAUCUUACAUCCUCCAGAGAAUGUAGUUAUUGUGGAAAGUUUUUCCGUUCAAAUUAUUACCUCAAUAUUCAUCUCAGAACACACACAGGGGAGAAGCCGUACAAAUGUGAAUUCUGCGACUACGCCGCGGCCCAGAAGACGUCCCUGCGCUACCACCUGGAGCGUCACCACAAGGACAAGCACGUGGACCCCGCGGCCGAGGCCCGGGCCGAGCCGAAGCCCCCCGAGGCCGAGGCCGCGGCUGUGCUGGCCUCCGAUGACGGCAGCAGUGCCGGCGCCCACCCCAAGACCCUGAAACGCUUCUGUGACGGUGCCAAAGACGGGAAGGGCGGCCCGCCUGCCAAGCAGCCCCGGGGGGCCGGGGCGGCCGCCUCCGCCUUCCAGAACGUUCUGGGCGGCGCUGCCCAACAAGAUUCUCAGGAUCCCCCGAGCCACGCCGCCCUGGAAGAGGCUCCGGAGAAGGGGCGGCCCCCCGCGGACCCCCAGCUCCCCCGCCUGGCCUGCAGGAGCGAGCCCACGGGCAGCGGCAGCGGGGGUCCGCGGCGGGGGGCCGACGGCCAGGAGCGGCCGCUGAACCUGUCGCUGGGCGCCCUGCACAGCCUCCCGGCGCUGUCCCCGAGCCGCAGCCUCGUCCCCUCCAUCACCUGCCCCUUCUGCACCUUCAAGACCUUCUACCCCGAGGUCCUGAUGAUGCACCAGCGGCUGGAGCACAAGUACAACCCCGACGUGCACCGGCACUGCCGCGGCAAGGCGCAGCUCCGCAGCCGGCGCACGGGCUGCCCGCCCGCCCUGCUGGGCCGCGACGUGCCGCCCCUGCCCCUGCCGCGGCCCCGGCCCAAGCCCGCCCCGGCCGCCGCGCCGCCCAAGGCCCGGCCCCCAGGCGCCCCGGGGCCCGGCAAGGCGCCGCCCCCCGCCGCGGGGGCCGACCCCAGCACUUUAGCACCCAGUAACCUGAAGGCCCCGCGGCCCCCGCCCGGCCGCCAGCCGCCCACCGACGCCUUCGCCAAGGCCGGCGCCCCCGCGGCCGCCGAGAAGGCCCGACGGCCCGACGCCAAGCCCCGGGCGCCCGGCCCCGCCCCGCCGCCCCUCGCCAACGGCUUCCCCGAGUACGCGGCCAGCAGAGACUACUACGGCGCCCGCGCCGCGGACUUGGGCGAGUCCCUGCCCAAGCGGGUCAAGGCCGGCGCGGGGCCCCCCGAGGGGGACCCCGGCUACCGCCGCGGCUUCGGCCCCCUCCCCAAGUACCAUGUGGUGCGCGGCGUGCCCGCGCUGCUGCCCCCGGAGUGCGUGUGCCCGCCCGCGGCCGUGCUGCCCGCCAAGGCCCGGUUCCUGGGCCCCGCGGAGGCCGAGCCCUCGGGGCUGCUGGGCGGCCAGAAGCCCUACCGGGGCCCCGCGCCACCCUACCCCUGCGGGCCUGCCGGGGGCGCUGCUGCGGCCGGGCCCCGGCUCGAAGGGAAGCGGCCGGUGUCCUACCAGCACCUGUCGGGCAGCGUCCUGCAGAAGCGGGGCUAUGAGAGCUUCCUGGGGAGCCCGCAUUUCCGGCCCAACGACAAGAAGACUUGAUUUCUGCUGCGGGGUGACCGAGGUGUCGCGGCCGGAAGCGUGCGCUCCUGCAGUCCCAGCCCGGCCCCCGCGGGAGCAGCGGCGAAGCUACUGACACAAGCUGUGAGCGGCCGGGCAGCGCGGAGAAGGCGGGAACACUACAGUCCUGAGUGCUGCGGGCCCCGGGGUGCCAAGGGCAAUAAAGACGCAAGUCGGACGGUCGGUUUGUGCCAGACGGAGACCCGAAAUCUCUAUUUUGUCCCUGAAUAAUACUUUGUGUUUUUUUUUUUUUUUUAAAAAGAAGAGACCAAAUAAGUUCUUGAGCAUACUUGAGCGCUGCUGAACUCUCGGGGGCGGGGCGGGGGGGGAGGGGAGAAAGUCUAUAACGCACCUCAGGUAAAAAACUGUAAAUAACCUUAAGCCGUCAGCCCGCCCCUGGACUCUGUGUCCUCUCUGUUCUCUUAACCCGCUCGGCCCUGGGCGGUUUCCGUGGUGCCCUUUCAUUUAAAAAUGUAUGUUUUUAAGGGGGAAAGAAAAUGACUUGUAUGAUGUCAAAUCCUCGUCAGUCUGUUGUCUGCACAGGGUCCUUGCGUGCGCCGUGGCCCCCCCCGUCCACCCAGGGAAGGAAGGGGGGUCCCGAGCGAUGGAGGCCGGCCCUUCCGUCCUGCCCGGGGCGGCCUUGGUGGCAUCUGUCUGUCACGCAUGUGUCCCGCGUCCCUGCGGGCCUCAGGAGUCCUUCCAUUUGCUUUUCUACCCAAGUAAUCAUUUUAUUUUAUUUUAUUUUAUUUUAUUUUAUUUUUUUCUUCCUCCUCCUCCUCUGGGAAUUUGUCAGUGUUGGGGGCUGCCCCGAGCCACUGCACAUGUGGAACCAAACACGUGCCUGACAGCCCGGAAAGGGUCUGCCCCGCGCCAGGCCCCCAGGCCGCCCCCCUGGCCGAGGUCGGGGCCCGGCCUCUGUGGAUGCCGUCCCAGGUUCGAGGCUGGUCUCGAAGCUGGCUGGGACAUUGGCGGCGAGGGUGAGUGGCCUUGUCUCCAGCUGCCGCCCCGGUGGUUGGUGGCCGAGUCCUGGCCUUUGAGAGUGUCCCCUGCACCUGGCUGGCGCCGCCCAGCGCUUUGUUAGGAAAACCGUUUCCGGGAGAAGAUUUGCACUGCGUGCUGCUCUGGCCUCGCGGGCGCCCGGCCGGGGUCCCAACUCCUCCCCCCCCCGCCCCCAUGGGACGCAGCCCGAAGGUACUUGAGCCGAGUCUGGGUGUCAGCCCGGGUCCGAGAGGUGUCUGCCAGCAGCGCAGCCAAGUGCUUUGUAUCAGGAAACUUCACACUAUCGACCUGCUUUCCUGUUCACAAGCUGAGCCAUAUGUACAUAAUCUAGAGUUUUUUUGUUUUCAUAGUUUUUGCACUUUUAUAGCCUAUUUUUUGAAGAUUAACACAUGUGCAGGAUGAUUGACCUGAUCUUUUGCUGAAUCUGAUGAGUGUUACGGAGUUGGCUGUGACUCUUGUAUAUCUUAAACGGGGAUACGUGAUGAUAAGAGGGCUGAAAUUUAAACCUGUAUUUAAAGAAAAAAAAAAUCACCAAAUCUAUUUGAAAACAAGCCAGUUUUGUGUUACGCUGAAGUUGGGGCUGGGGGCUUGCAGAUUAUUUUCCCUUCUGACCACAUUUCUGAAUCCAGAAAAGUCUCUUUUAAAAAAAACUUUUGUCUUUCUUUCAACAGCCCUCGUACUCCCACAACAAUAUUUUUUUGUCCAUCAGUAUUAACUAUUGGGAUACUACUGGUUUUUAUGUUUUCUUUCCUGAGACAACAGUACAACAGAGGUACAAUCCGUUGGAAUUUUUUUUUUUGUUUAUUUAUUUCAUUCCAGUUUGAUUUAUUUUAAUUGUCGAUACUUAAGUUGUCAAACAGUAGACAUUACUUGUUUUUAUUUAUGAUAUAUUUCAGCUUAAAGUUAUGUUAUUUUACAUGGAUGUAAAUAUAGAUUUGGUGUU